CAUCUCCCCACCAACUGGAUGCACGGCCCAAGCGAGGAUUUUCUCGAAAACAUCCACCGCAGACUGCGUACUAGUGCCAGCGAGAGGAGUGCAACGACGAGCGGGGGACACCGAGGCUAUGGAGCAAACAGCCUGACAGCCGAGUCCAUGGCGUUUCUAAACUUGGAUAACGGAUUGUGGCCUUGAAAAAGAGACGGAAGAGUUAUAACGGCAAUGAAUGCGAUAUCACUUGUUUGAUAGAAAGAGACGGAGAGAGAGAGGGGCCAAACUCCCUCCCCUCUGUGGAAAACUCGUUUUGCCCGAUGGAGGCUGACGGGACGUUUGCAGCGAGCUGUAGGCCCGGAAUGUCACCUGUGAAACGUCGAUGCGUCGUCGCAGGACGUAAUUAAGACGAGCUCGCGCACACCUGUCUACCCUGUGUCGACUUUUUUUUGUCAACUUCAUAGUAAAACCUGCGCGAGGCGACCUCUCGCGCAACAUGAAUAUCAUAGACAACACUUAAUGAGGUUAUUCACCACCUCAGGUAACACAACAGGACAGGUGAAUAACACACUGUUACCUUUUUAACGAGCUUUUAUUCUCAUGGGACUGUUGUUGAAAGUUGUCUCAUAAUAUUUCACCAUCACCAAGUUGACUCAAACCCAUUUGGCGACCAGAAUCGAGCAGUUUUUGUCUGAAACAAGGACUUCUUGGGUAUUUUCUCACCUAGUUUCACCUUUUGCACAUCAGUCAUGUCACUCAAAGACAAUCCCUGUCGGAAAUUUCAAGCCAAUUUCAACAAAAGUAAAUGCCAGAACUGCUUCAAGCCUAGGGAAUCACAUUUGCUGAAUGACGAAGACCUGAAUCAGGCAAAACCUGUGUAUGGAGGGUGGUUGCUGCUGGCACCAGAGGGAACAAAUUUUGAAAAUCCAUUGCACAGAUCUCGGAAAUGGCAAAGGAGGUUCUUCAUCCUGUACGAGCAUGGCUUACUGCGCUAUGCGCUGGACGAAAUGCCCAGCACUCUUCCCCAGGGAACGAUCAAUAUGAACCAGUGCUCGGACGUCAUCGAUGGAGAGUCCAGGACGGGGCAGAAAAACUCCCUGUGCAUCCUGACCCCGGAUAAAGAGCACUUCAUACGGGCUGAGUGUAAAGAAAUAAUCAACGGGUGGCAGGAAGCUCUGACUGUUUACCCUCGAACCAACAAGCAGAACCAGAAGAAAAAACGCAAGGUUGAUCCUCCGACUCACCAGGAGCCUGGCCCCGCCAAGGUCACGGUGACCAGCAGCAGCAGCGGAGGCAGCAUCCCCUGCCUGCCCAGCAGUAUUGCCAGUGCUGAGCGCGUCCCGACAAGCCGCGCCACUCUGUGGCAGGAGGAGAGCCGCUGGAGCAGGGCCACCAUACCCUGCAGCCGCAGUGCCUCCUGCAUCAGCCAGCUGAGCCAGGGCCAACCAGAGUCCAGUAUGACAACACAGGAUGACGGUGCCACUGUGACCACUGGACGCAAGGUACGAGUGGAAAGCGGUUACUUUUCCCUGGAGAAGACCAAGUCGGAGCCUUCCCCACAGUCUGCACCGCAUUUUCAGCCACCCCAGCCACCCCAGCAUCUGCCCCUGUCCUCUUCAGCAUCCUCCUCCUCUUUAGGAGCUCCCAGUCCCAGGUACAAGUCUGAGUCAGACCCCCAAACUUCCCCUUACCAACCCUCCCAAGAUCCUUUCCCUUCUCCAGGUGCACUUGUCUCCCCCAGCUACUCCACCAUCAGUUCCUCCCAGAGCUCACUGGACUCUGAUCCCAGCGUGACUACACCCACCUGGGAGGGACACAGCGGUGGUGGAGGAAGCACCGGUAGCGUCAGCGGCGGCGGAGGAGGAGGCAGAGUCGGCCGGUCUGGCAGGGAGUACACAGCCCUGUCGGAUGUGCCACGGGCUCGCAGGAUGAGUUACCGCGAAGCCUUCCGCUCAGAGAAAAAGCGUCAAGAGCUGAGGGCACGGACUCGGAGCCCUGGCAGAGAGGAGGUGGCUCGGCUGUUUGGGGAGGAGCGCAGGCGUUCUCAAGUCAUUGGCCGAUUCGAGGAGGGUCAGUCUGUGGAGCACAUGGACACAGGCAGCACCAAUGAGCCCUCCACUAACACUACGCUAAUCCAGAGACAAGGCCGCAGCGAGAGACGCUAUCUAGCUAACAAACAUGACAUGUCACUGGAUGCAGGAAAGGAUCGGUCAGUCCCUGAUGUGUCCAGCUCUACUUUUGCCAAUUUAAGAAGAGCAAAGUCAUUGGAUCGCAGAGUCACUGAAUCCUCAAUGACUCCAGAUCUGCUGAACUUCAAAAAAGGAUGGAUGACGAAGCUCUAUGAUGACGGCAUGUGGAAGAAACACUGGUUUGUUCUGACGGAUCAGAGUCUGAGGUACUACAAGGACUCGAUAGCUGAGGAGGCUUCAGAGAUGGAUGGUGAGAUUGACCUUUCCACAUGCUAUGAUGUCAAAGAGUUCCCAGUCCAGAGGAAUUAUGGCUUCCAAAUCGUGUGUAAAGAUGGAGCGUGUACCCUGUCAGCCAUGACCUCUGGAAUCCGCCGCAACUGGAUGCAGGCCAUCAUGAAGAAUGUGCGGCCCACUAUCGCCCCCGAUGUCACCCGAUCCCUCCCAGAGGACACAAUAAAAACCCAAGUGAUGUUGGGGCCGUGUGUACAGGCCCCUCUUGACCCAAGCCCGAGUCCAGAGGCCCCGAGGUCAGAAGUCAACAGAAAGCUGGCAGGCAACAACGCCUCUGUCCCAUCUUCUGAACCCCGGAAAAGCAGAGUUCGCGAGCGUAGGCGAGAGGGUCGCUCCAAGACCUACGACUGGUCAGAGUUCAAAAUGGAACAGACUUCUAAGCCUGUGAAGGAACGAGCAGAUACCGUCGACCUCAGCUCAUCAUUCUCCAACACCUCCUCAUACUGCUCUCCCUCCUCCUCCGCCUCCUCUUUAGCGUCCUCUCCUGUCUCUACCUCCUCGCUCCAAACCUCUUCUGUGUCAGGAUCUCACCAGCAGUCUAUGACAGAAGAAGCCGAAAAAGAGAAUGUAAGGAGGGGUAUCCCUCCGCAUAGCACAACCAGUGCAACUCACACGCCAAAUACUGUUACCAUCACCAUGAUGUCCACGCUUAACACUGCACCGCCAGUUUCAUCAACACAUGAAUGCCAAGAGCAAGGAAAGAUGGAAGUAGACCACAGUGCAGCCUCGCAUCCUGCCGGUGAGGUUAAGAAGGAAAGCAAAACAUCAGAUGUCCGAGAAGAGAUCGAGCAGCGGUGGCAUCAGGUGGAGACCACGCCGCUAAGAGGGGAGAGACAGGUGCCCAUUAACACAGCUACAGGAAACUCUGAGAGAUUGCCUGCUAAUGAGCUAGCUGCACUGCUUGACAAAGAGUUGGGACAGAAGCAGAUGGAGCUAGACCGUCUGCAGAAGCAAAACAAUGCUUUAAAAGAGCAGUUAGAAGAUGCACUUGGGAGAGAACACAGUGCCAGAGAGGGCUAUGUGCUGCAGAGUGCAACACCCCCUUCCUCUUCACCGCACAGAGCGCCAUGGCAACGCUUGCAUACCCUCAAUCAAGAUCUGCAGGGCGAGUUGGAAACCCAAAAGCACAAGCAGGACCUUGCUCAACAUCAAAUUCGAACACUUAAGAGAAGCUACACAGAAGCUCAGGAUGCUGUAGACCGCCAUGAGUCUGAUAUUCAGGCUCUGCAGGCUAAACUUGCGUCCGCAAUGGCUGAAAUCUUAGCAAGUGAACAAGCUGUUGCCAGAAUGCGCAAUGAGCUUAAGCUAGAACAAGAGCGUUCAAAGGAACAAGAGGAUGAAUACAGCCGUGGUGAGAGCACUCUGCGAGCCCAGCUUAAGGACAGUGAAGACAGACUCCGUGAAGUAGAGGCCAGUCUCUUGGAGAGAAACCAGGCUCUCAGGCACCUGGAGCGCCAGCAGGCCCUGCAGCGAGACCACAUGAGGGAGAUUCAGAGGCUGCAGGAGAGACUACAAGAGGUGACCGCUCGGCUAAAUGCUACAGAAGAGGGUCAGGCCCUGAAGGAGGAGCGCCUGCGGAAGGAGCAGCAUACUAUACAAGAGAGCCAUGAGAGAGAGAGGCAGAAUCUGUGCAGAAGAUUAGCUGAGGCUGAAAGUGCACAGAAAUUGACAGAGAAGAAACUGAUUGAGGCUGAGCAGCAGGUAGAGGCCCUAUUAAGAGGGAGGCAGGCCUCUGCAGGAAAAGAGAGCAGGGAGGAAAUCCUGAAGCUACAAGAGGAGCUGGCACAGAAGACUGACAUGGUUGAAUCACUGAGGCAGAGUGUUCGUAGGCUAGAAGAAGAGAAAGGGCAUCUUACUUGCCGCUGUCAGGAGCUUCUUAACCAGAUUGCUGAGGCAGACCGUGAGGUGAAUAAACUCCGUAAUCGUCUGGAAACAGAGGAGUCUGAUUACUACAAUCUGGAGAACUCGUACAAAAGGGCUACCCAAGAGUUUCAGAAGAUAAGUCAGUGUCUUCGAGAAAAAGAGGAAGAGAUCCGGCAGACCAAGGAGAUGUAUGAGAGACUGAUGGAACGCAAAGAAGAGGACUUGAAAGAGGUGCUGGUUAAAAUGACUGCUCUGGGAAACAGCUUAGAGGAGACUGAACAGAAGUUACAAGCUAAGGAGGAGCUUCUUUGCCAAAUGAGUCAAAGCCUCUUGGAUAGGUCUGUGCCCUGUAGUGCUGAAAAGGAUCUGAAAGCCAAGCUUGUGGUUGCUGAGGAUCGCAUAGCAGAGCUAGAGCAGCAUCUCAAUGCCCUGCAGCUUGGCUAUGCUGACCUGCGUAUGGAAAGACAGCACAUCCCAGAAAAGAGCAAGAAAACAAAGCUUAAAACAUCAGUCUCCUUAUCAGCCCACACCAUGCUCCCCCUGUCCUUUGAAAACAUGUCUAAGCCAGAGAACUCCCCAGACGGUAAGGAGUCUCAAGCCAAGAGACCAAGGAUACGCUUUUCCAAUAUUCAGUGCCAAAAAUAUAUGAACUCAGAAGGCAUGGAGAGUAGCCAAGUUAGCAGCAACUUUCCAGAAACAAGACAAAUAGUAAAUCAGGAUGAAACUGAAGACAUCCAUGUCUCCUCUGAUACAACAUGCCCUCACAGCAGUGACCCAGAGAAGUUCAUCUCCAUCAUACAUGCCUUAGAGACCAAACUGCUAGCCACUGAGGACAAAUUACGAAACCUCACACACAAUCUAGAAGAACAACAAUCUACCCAAGCAGAGGACUUGAGUCAAGAGAUUGAUCUUAAAAUGACAGCAACCAAACCUGAUAGAGAGCUUAGUUGUGGGAGUGGGAUACAGAGUACAGCGACCCAUAAGCAUUACGCCAAGGCUCUGGCGUGUGUGGAGAACAGUCGAGAGAAGGUCAGGGACAUUCUCAGCGGCUCUCAUGAUACCACAGAUUCACAGCUGCACUCACUGUCAGAGAUAGAAAACGAUUUGUUCAAUGCAUCGCUGUACAUCCGACAAGGACAAAAGAUGUUGGAAGGGCGGUCACCAGUCAUCCAACAUCAGACUCCAGAGACUGCAGAUAAAGACGCUGUGCAUCUGUUUGCUAAAACUCUAUCUUUCGAGGCUGUAGUUUUGAACAAGAUGGCAUUGUUGAUACAGACUUCAAAGUCUGAUGUGCUACAAGGUCUAGCAGAGAUAUGGGAAGACAUAGAGAAUAUUAAAAGAAGCGACAAAGACUGCUUGGCUAUAGUUUAUGCUGAUGUUUUGACCAGGAAGCUCUUGUUGGAAGGUGCAUUCUGGAAAGAUUUGGAGAGAGCUGAGAUGGAUGUUGCCAAAUCCAAAGAGGGCAGUGUUUCAGCUGAUGUAGAUGUUGAUUCGAAUGUCAUCUUGAACACAUUCAUUAAAGCAGAACUAGCCUACUCUAUUCAGAACCUUAAACAUUGCUAUGAAGAGAAAUUCAAAAUACUUAAAAGGGAGUUGACAGAGGCACAUGAUAACCUACAUCAAAGGGAAGCAGCGCUGAAAGCAAUUAUUGAAGCAUCCAAAAGCCCUGAUUUGAAAAACGUCAUCAAAGAAGUCAAAAAUAACUUUGGGUAUAGUAAACACAAGUUAGCUGACGUUCAUCCUCCUGAACUCGCUCCCUACAUGGAGCAGAUUGAAAUGGAAGAAGCUAGAGACUUGGCUGAGGAAAUUGUAGACAGACAGUUAGCUUCUGAGAUGCCCUCUUGUGGAGUUGAUUCUAUUGAAUCAUUUCAAAUUGCACACGAUAGUCUGGCUAAUGAGCUUCAGAGGCAAGCAGCAAUCCUCCACAAGUAUUCUCAAGAGAUAGAAAGUGGUGGAAACCGUCCCGGACUGGCCAAAAUGGUCCAUGCUCUUUUAGGGCACCAAUCUUCACAUAACUUUACAAGUACUUCCCUUUGCAUUCGUGAAGCCCUGAUCCAGGCUCAAGUGGCUUAUGUGGCAUGCAGGUUACGAGCCAUGCAUGAGCAAGACUUGGGUUGGUGUAAACAGACAGGCCAGAACAUGGGUGCUCUCGUCCAAGAGCAUGCCCGCAAUGUCGGCGCAAUCAUAGAGAAAUAUGAAGCAUCUCUACAUGAUGAGCGCAAGAACUUCACACAAACAGUCGCCUCUCUCCAGAAAGAGAACCAAACCCUAAAGGACGAGGUCAGCAAAUGUGUGAACCAGCUCUCUCAGCAGAAGGACCAAAUAGGUCUCCUGGAGGAGCAGUUCCAGAAGGAGGCAGAGGAGCUGAAACAGAGGCACAAGCAAGAGCUAAGCCAAGCAGAGAAAGGCCGCACCUCAACAGAGCUGGCCCUCAUGGAGACGACCGCGGACAGCCAACGAAAGCUUGAGGUUCUUCUAGUGGACAUGGACACAAUGGAAGAGCGUCACGAGAGUCAUGUGAUAAAACUGGAGGAGCAGUUUGAGCUGAGGAUCUGUGAGCUCCAGCAUAUCCACAAAGAGGAAGUCGAAAAGUUACAUUCACAGUAUAUGGAAAAUAUUCAGCGUGUGCGAGAGCACCAACAGGACAAAAGAAGUCCUUAUGAUUCCCACUGUGUCGAGACCGCUACACCAAUGGAAGCGGAAGAGCAGGGGAAGGGGGAGGAUUCACAUGACAUGUCAGAGGUGGACUCCAUGGUGGUUCUGAAGGAUCGUAUCCAAGAGCUGGAGACACAGAUGAACACCAUGAGGGAUGAACUGGAGAACAAGCACCUAGAAGGCGAUGUGGCCAGCCUGAGAGAGAAAUACCAGAGAGACUUUGAAAGUCUUAAGGCCACUUGUGAACGUGGCUUUGCAGCGAUGGAAGAAACACACCACAAGGUAAUCCAGGACCUGCAGAGGCAGCAUCAGAGGGAGAUUUCCAAACUGAUGGAAGAGCGGGAGAGGCUUUUGGCAGAGGAGACUGCUGCCACAAUUGCUGCUAUUGAAGCCAUGAAGAACGCCCACAAGGAGGAGCUAGAGAAGACCCAUCGCUCCCAACUGAGUGGACUGAACUCUGACAUCGAUGAGCUCCGCUUACAAUAUGAGGAGGAGCUGCAGUCCAUCCAGAGAGAGCUGGAGGUGUUGUCAGAGCAGUACUCUCAGAAAUGUCUGGAGAAUGCUCACCUGGCUCAGGCCCUGGAGGCUGAAAGGCAGGCGCUCAGGCAGUGUCAAAGAGAGAACCAGGAGCUGAACGCUCACAACCAGGAAUUAAAUAACCGGCUCACUGCAGAGAUCACCCGGAUGCGCUCUUGUUUCAGUGGUGAAACAGCACUGUCGACGCUUAGCCAGGGCAAAGAUGUGUAUGAACUGGAGGUGUUGCUUCGUAUUAAGGAGUCAGAGAUUCAGUAUCUUAAACAGGAAAUCCACUCUUUGAAAGAUGAGCUGCAGUCUGCCUUAAGGGACAAGAAAUAUGCGACAGACAAAUAUAAGGACAUCUAUACAGAGCUCAGCAUUGUGAAAGCAAAGGCUGACUGUGACAUCAGCAAACUGAAGGAGAAGCUGCUCGUUGCCACAGAAGCUCUGGGUGAGAGGACUGUGGAUGACAGCGUCACAUCUGGAUACGAUAUCAUGAAAUCAAAAAGUAAUCCUGAUUUCCUGAAAAAAGAACAAUCAUCAACCUCCAGGCAAUCAAGAGGCAUGAGGUCAAAGAGCUUGAAAGAGGGACUGACUGUGCAGGAACGUAUGAAGCUUUUUGAGGCAAAAGAUUCCAAAAAAAUUUAAACAUCAAUCUGCAUUUUUUUUUCUCUUUCCUGACCUUCAUUUUUCGUCAGAUCACAACAGCUGUUCCAGCAUCCGCUGAAGACUCUCAUAGGAAAUGGGAAAAAGUAUCUAUAGAGGUCAACAUUAAACUUGGACCUGCUGCCUCCAUGUCUCUGAUAAGUGGUCAUAUUUUUGUUUAACUUUUUUAAUCAAUAGGAAAACUUUUAUUGAAUCAAUCCUGUCUAAGCUUUCUAUAAAGAAUACCUAGAUCUAUUAUCUGUCCAACAUGGAGGUGUGUCAAAAAUAUGUCAGACGGAUAUAAGACAGUAUUUUAAUUGAUCCUCCAAAAUGCCAAAACAGACAGCAAUACACAGUAUAGAUAAUAUAUAUAUUUCCCAAUAUGAAUUAAGUAUCUGCUGUAUUUUAUUGUUACAGUUUCUAGAUCUAAUCAUUUUUAAUGUUUAUGUUGCACCAGUUCUGUUGUACAUAACUACUGGAUUUAUGUAAGAGUAUGGUUUGCUAUUGAGUGUUGGGGCAUCUGCUGUACUAUAACUAUGGUUUGAUUGAUAGUGGAAAACAAUGUGAUGCUUAUCUUGCUUGUGUAUGAGUUUUGUUUUUUUUGAUGGAGUGUUUGUGUGUGAAGGGGGAAGAGGGCUGGGAUUGCACUUAUCACUUGACUACUUGAGGAGAAUAUUUUUAUUUGCGUCAAAUCGAUGUAGUGACUUCAAGUCAAUUAUCACAGUGCAACCAAACAUCCUGACUUCUGUCAAAUUUAGUGAACAACCGUGACUUAUUAGUGAUUCAGGAUUUUUUUUUAAAGUUUCUUAAAACCUGAAUUUGUGUUUUCUUAGUUUUGACUUUGGUGUGAGAAUAUCAUCUCAAAAAAUCUCAAACUAUUUAGGACUUUGCAUGACUGUACAAGUGUCAUUUAAAUUGCAGAACGAUCAUGUUGCCUCAUUUUCCUUCUUAAUGCUUCAGUGUGGAACUCUUAACACUUAUAAGCUUUGCUUUGCAAGUCCUACUGUUAAGGUGUAGAGAUUGACAUGUUUUACUGUAAGCGGCAGUCUUGAAGCACUCGGCCUGAUCCCUGACCUCUCACUAGUCGUGCCUCAACUGAGUGAAGAAUCUAAACAUCCAUGAAACCUGUGCAGCUAUGGAUACACACUGUAUAGUAUUCAAACCACGCCUUGUAUAUAUGCCACACGGAAAACUUCUGUGUUUUGUUUUAAACUUGUACUUUGCUCACUAGCUCUAUAUGAAAUAUAUAUGAAUAUUUUUUAUUUUCAUUUUAAUGUAUAACGUCAAAUAAAUGAAGUGUUUGGAA